AUUCUGCGAAGCAUUCAUAUAUCCAGAUUCCAGAUGUCAUACAUAUUGGUACUGUAGUAACUGUACAUGACUACAUGUACAUCGUUGUGUACCUAGUGACAUGUUGAAUACCUACAUACAUAUGUACAUAUAUGUAUUAGUAGCACUCGGCGAUAUCAACAUUGAAACUUCAACUUAAAUGCUACAUGCUACAUAUCUACUUCUUUCAUUUUACUUCUGCUUCAACUUCAAGUAGCCCGGAUCAGAUAUACCUACUCACAAAAUGUCAUCCACCAACUUCUCGUUGGCUAGCAAGGUUAUGCUAUCGAAUGGCAAACUCAUACCCCAGAUUCACCUAGGCCUAUACAUGGUUAGCGGUAGUGAGGCUACAGCAAGCAUACGCUGUGCCCUCGCUGCGGGCUACCGAGGCUUUGACAGCGCGCAGUGGUACUACAACGAGAAGGAGGCCGGCAGGGCCAUACGGGUUUUCCUCGAUAAUCCCGAGGCGAAUACUCAGCGCCUCACUCGCAAUGACAUCUUCUUCACCACCAAGUUGAAGGAUAAUAGCACCUCGUUCGAGGCCGUGCAGCGAUCUAUUCGGAAAUCCCUUGUUACCUGUGGCCUCGGGUACAUCGAUCUACUUCUGCUGCAUAGCCCGUAUGGUGGUCGCGAGGCACGGUUGGCGAGCUGGAAAGCUAUCGAGGAUGCGAUUGACAAAGGAAUAGUUAAGUCGGGAGGGGUUAGCAAUUUUGGUGUCCGCCACAUUGAGGAGCUGAUGGAAUCGAAACCGAGGAUCGCGCCGGUUGUCAAUCAGAUUGAGGUUCAUCCGUUCAAUACGCAGACAGAUAUCAGAGCCGUGUGCGCCAAGUACGGAAUCGCCAUCGAGGCUUAUGCUCCAUUAGCACGCCGCAUGCGCAUUAAGCAUCCAACUAUCUUAGAGCUGUCCAAAAAGUACUCCUGCUCGCCCACGCAGCUUAUGAUUCGGUGGUCCCUACAACAUGGGCUCAUACCACUGCCAAAGAGUACGAAGUAUAAUCAUAUAAUUGAAAAUGCAAAUAUAGGGGGGUUUGAGAUUUCUGACUCGGAUAUGGAGAUAAUGAACGGGCUUGAUGAGAAGCUGGUAACGGACUGGGAUCCCACAGACGCGCCGUGAAUUUUGAAAUUAUAUCAACCAAAUUCAAGUUCUGAACAAAGGGGACGUCACAUGGAACUAUCUCUUGUAACAUACUCCCGUGUAAUAGAAACCAGGCGAAUAGAAAACGCUACGUCAGCUUAGACCUAGAUGUGUGCAUCAAUAUGGCAAUGAUUAAUGACCAAAAAGGGGCUCAAUAAAGGAAAUGUCAAGUUUUUUAUAUGAGGUCAGUUUUACACAUAUUUCCAACCCCUAAACUGCUUUGAGGGUUCUCAACUGGAUGUUUCUGAACCGAAACAUGAUAACUCCAGCUCUGGCAGGAUUCUCCUAGAAUUACAUGGAUCUGGUUUUGUAUAGACCCUUUUGUGAUCUCUACUAGGUACGAAGUACUUAGAUAAAUUGAUCAUAUCCCCAUUCUUUAUAAUGAAAGCCUGGCGGCAAAGAGAGGGUUUUGGAAUCAAGAACAGAUAGGCAGGUUCCGCAACAGGCCAGUAUAACACCACCUCUUGGGGUUUUUCAUAUUUACGCCCAGUGGCAACGGCGAGACUCACCUAACCCUCCCACGUGGAAUCAUACGUGAUCAGCACCCCCUAUGAAGAAACUAUACAUAGCACACAACCACCAGCUCCUCACCACG